AUGCACAAAAUUUUGAGUAUAAAAUCUCCAAUAUUCUUGACAAGCCUACUGAGUCGGUGUUUGGAUUUAUCUCUGUGUUACCUGGCGCAUUUUUCGGCUUAUAGGUACAUGGCUCUCCAGAAUGAUAUUAAUGGGCAAGGCCCAUUGGAGAAAUAUUUCAAAGGAGAGUUUUUGCAUGGCAUCGGUGAGCUUGAUCUAGACGAUGACGAGUAUGAAAUGAAACUGAGAUUGUUAAGCGAGGAGGCAGGCAUUUUCACAUCAAACAUGUACCUUGCCGAGGACAGAAUUUUGUGCUACGAGCUUGUGGCUAAGAGAGGACACGCUUGGCUUCUUCGGUAUGUGAAAUCAGCCAGGGCUGAGACAGAUGUUCCUGAAGGUUUGGCUGAGUUCAUAUUGCAAAGAAGAAGAUGGUUGAAUGGUUCCUUUUUUGCUGCGAUCUACUCAUUGGUUCAUUUCCCUAAAAUUUGGACAUCGCUGCAUACUUUAGGGAGAAAGAUUAUGCUUCAUGUGGAAUUCAUGUACCAGUUUGUGAGUUUAGUGGUUUCUUGGUUCUCAAUAGGAGCUUAUUUUCUAGUGUUCCGCAUCUUGACCACAUCUCUCGCGGAUUCUGACCUUAACUUCUCUCCCGGCAAUGUUCUUUCUGUUUUAUUCUUAUGGCUCUACCUUGCAUCGAUCGUGACCACUUUCGUUUUGAGUUUCGGUAACAAACCUAAAGGUACAGAACGAUUUUACAUUGUUAUUGUACUCUUUUUCGCUGUCUUGAUGGUCUAUAUGAUUUUCGCAGCAAUCUUCAUGGCAGUUCAUGCAAUCAAGAGUAUUACGGAUCAUCACAAAUCAAUUACAGUUGCUUUGUUUUUCAAGAAUGAAGAAUUCAGAGACUUGGUAGUGGCUACGUGUUCCACUUACUUGCUUUAUUUCGUGGCAUCGUUCAUGUACUUUGAGCCUAUGCACAUGUUCACGUCGUUCCUCCAAUACCUUUUGCUUUCACCAGCAUAUGUGAAUGUGUUGAACAUAUAUGCUUUCUGUAAUAUUGAUGAUGUUUCAUGGGGUACUAAAGGUGACACAGGAGCCAAAGAUUUGGGCUCAGCAACAAUCAGAGAGGACGGUACUUUCGACGUGAAAAUCCCUGUCUUGAAGGAAGAGAUCAACCAAUCCUAUUUGAACCAAUUAGAGAAAAUCAAAGAUCCUCAGGCACCAUCCAAGGGAGGCUCUGAUGGUACAAAUGAAGAUUACUAUGCUUUUAUUAGAUCCAUGACAGUUCUUGUGUGGAUGUUUUCUAAUUUCUUGAUUGUUGCCUUAGUUUUGGAGACCGGAGGUGUCAACCAGUUAAGCAAGAAAAAGGACAAUGUAUCGUCCAGGUCGAAGGCUUUCCUUACUGUGAUUCUUUGGACUGUUGCAUUCAUGGCUUUAUUCCGGUUUAUUGGAUGCACGGUAUACUUGAUCAGAAGAGGACGAAAUUAUUUACGUUCCGGCCGCAGCGCACAACGUCAACCAAUGAUGUGA